AUGAAAGUCUUUAACUUUCUAUUAACAGUCCCAUUCAUUUUUCUUAUAUAUUCUCAAUCUAUUAUUGCAUAUGAGAAUGAACCAGUUCCACAUACAGGAAGAAAAGGAUUAACUAGAGAGAGAAUUAAUCAUUUUGAGAGAAUGAUAAAAGAAAACGAGGAAAGAUCUCCUCAAUUAAAGGUUGUUAAGAGAUCAAAACCAUAUUAUGGAAAGUUCCCUAUUGAUGAAGAAAAUAUAUCUACUCAAAUUGAUCAGAGAGGAGAUAUUUCUAAGGAUGACAUAGAUGAUAUUGAGACUGAGACUCAGGCUCAAACCGAUGUUGAGGUUGAAGAUGAGUUUGAUCCUCAAGAAAUCGCUACUAGAAGUUUCAUUGAUAAUAUCUCUUCAGAUGACGAAAACCAAAGUGAUGUAGAGACAAACAAUGAGGAUAUUAACACGAGAAAUGUUGGAGAGUUUGAUGUCAAUCAGGAUGAAGUUCCUAAUAAUGUCGAUCAAACUGUAGAUGACGUAAAUGUAGGGGAUUCUGUCAAUACUAAAGAAUCUGCAGAUUUAAACACAAAUUCAUCAGUUAAAGACAAGAAAAAGAAAAGUUGGAGUUUUCCAUCAGUUACCUUUGCAGCUCCAAAGAAUCAGGAAAAGAUGGAUGACAAAAAUAAGUUUGAUGGUGUCUUAGAAAAACAAAAAUUAAAGCGUGAUAAAAAGGAAAAGAAAUUAAGGAAAAAACAAGAGAAAGAGAGAUUAAGACAAGACAAAGAGGAGAAAAAGAGGAGAGAAAAAGAAGAGAAGAAUAGAUUAAAGGAGGAAAAGAAUAAAUUAAAAGAAAAGAAAACAUCGAAGUUUGAUAAAUUCCCAAAGGUAGGGUUUUCUAAGAAUACAUCCUCUGAUUUAAAGGAUGAUGAAAAUAAAUCAUCAUGCUCUUCAAAGAAGGGAAAGAAGAACACACAGGGCCAAACCCAAACAUAUGAGGACACUUUGGAAGAUAGACUAAAUAGUCAAGAAGUUGUUUUUGAGGAUAUUCAUGAUGAUAUGUCUACUGUAGCUAGUGAAAAUGAAAUCUUUGAGAACCUUAGUUCUAAUGACAUAGAACACGUAGAAAGUGAAAUUGACAUUAAAUUGGAAAAACCAAAAGAUGAUUUAUUUGACUCUUACAGUGAAGAUGAGGAAUCUGAGAUAAAAGCAAGAAUUUUGGCAGGGAAUGAAGAGGACUUCAAAACUGAAAGAAUAUCUUCAGAAGAAGCAAUUCAUGAUAGUGACUCUGAAUAUUUUGAAAAUGAGGACCCUCAUAUUGAAUUAGAUGAACAAUAUAGAUUCAGUAAAGAAUCAGAGGAUAUAAUCUCAAAAGAAAAAGCUGUAGAACCAUUAGAAAGAAUUGAUAUUGAAGAACUUUCAGAAGAUGAAGAGACUUCAAAUGUUAGUGAGGCUCCAGCUUUAAGUAGUUAUUCUGGAAAUAAUGAAGAGGAGGAAGAGGAUGAUAAGAAUAUUCAGAAAUUUAGUAAUGAUUCCGAACUUUCAAAUGAUAACUUAAGUGAGGACCCAGUAAUUGCUAAUCAUUCAAUUGAAGAAGAAAUAGUAAUUGAAGAUAAGAAAGAUAUGGAUGAAGACUUUUCUAAUAAAGAUCCAAAUGUUGAGGAGACUGGAUCUAAAAACAAAGUAGGAUCAUUCUUUGGCAAGAUCAAGUCAUUCUUCAAAAGAAAACCUUUUAUCAACUUGAAUUGCAGAGGCCCAUCUUGUAUGAAGAGACUAUCAAAGAAAGAUGAACCAAAAUACUCAAAUGAUUUCAUUCCAAGAAUCUAUUUACUCUCCAGAGAUGUUCCAAAAGAGGAUCUUUAUCGUGUACCAGAAAUUAUCUCAAGCUUAAGAUCUGAGUCAAAUAGAUUAGUAUUUGCAUAUCAAUUAAUGGACGGAAGUUUAAUUCCAUCAUCAGCUUUAGCUCUAAACUCAAAAAGUUUUGUAGUUAGAAGAUGGGGUAAAAAGGUUCAAACUAAACUUACAAAACUUAGAUCAGAAUUUGAUAAUUUGAAAUCCAGAUUAAGUUCAAUGUAUCAUGAGGGAGUUUUAAAGGGAGAAUUUGAAUUGCUCAUUGAAGAAAUGGAUGAUUUAACUAUUAUGCUCUACUUGAUUGCAAAGGAAUUCCCAAGAAAAAGCCAAUUUGCAAAUAAUGCAAAGGAUAUUCUCAGAUACCCUGAGGUAGUAUCUACUCCAGGGGAGAGAUUGAUUUCAAUGUUCCGUAAAUCAAAGAUUUCAAAAUGUUCUAAGAAAUCAUGCGAACCUAAACCAGAAAGGAGUGAAAGCGAUAAACUUGCUAUAAAAGCAUUAAAGAAGAGAAUGAAAUUCAUAAAGAAGAGAUUAAAUUCACUUUCUAAGUAG